AUGAAUGAUUACUUGAUCCAUAUUUUAGGUUAUAACUUAAAUGAUUCCAAGAGAAAAAGACAUACACGAGGUGUUGUAAAUAUUAUUGGAUCAAUUGCAAAUGCUCACUUUGGUACAGCAACACAAGACCAAAUAAAUCACAUUAACGAGAAACUGCAAUCUCUUAAUCAAGUUACGGAAGAAGAAAGAAGAGUCCGCUAUGUACAUUCUCAUAUUUGA